ACUUGUGCAACACCUUGAUUGAAGCUAAAGGUGAUCAAUCUAGCUUGGGAUUUUAGGUGUGAUGGCUUUAAAGCGGAUCUUGAAGGAGCUCGAGGAUAUCGAAAAACAUCCUCCUGAAUUUUUCAGCUUAGGUCCUGAAAAUGAUCAAGACAUGUUUAUUUGGAAAGCAAUUAUGCGGGGUCCUCCGGACAGUCCAUAUGAAGGUGGAAAGUUUGAACUCAGCAUUCAUUUCCCUCCGGACUAUCCAUUUAACCCACCCAAGGUUGCUUUCGGGACCAAGAUCUAUCACCCUGAUAUUGCCAGCAAUGGUGGUAGCAUUGGCAUUGAUAUUUUGAAGGAUAAAAGCUGGCUCCCCCACUUCACCAUAAAAGAGGUGCUGCAGUCAAUCUACUUAAUCUUAGGGGACCCACAGCUCAAUGAGCCAUUGGAGGGGAACACUGCCAACAUGAUCAAGGCAGUUGCUCGGAAAUGGACGCAGAAGUAUGCUAUGGGUCCUGCUUAUCAAACAAUCUCGAAGGAGCUUAAGGGUUUCAAGAGAUCUCCUCCUAGCUAUGCCAGCACAGGUCGUGUUGAUGGAGACAUGUUUCAUUGGCAAGCAACUAUCUUGGAUCUUGAAGGCAGUCCAUAUGUUGGUGGAGUGUUUCACGUUGACAUUCAUUUCCCUCUCCAAUAUCCACUUAAACCACCCAAGGUUGUGUUCAGGCCAAAGAUCUUUCAUCCUAAUAUUGAUAGUAUUGGUAGAAUUCGCCUUGAUAUUUUGACGGAUGGGUGGAGCGCCAACGUCACCAUUUCCCAGGUUUUGCUCGAAAUUUGCUCACUCUUAAAGAAUCCAAAUCCCGAUGCCCCAUUGGUGCCGGAGAUUGCCCACAUCUACAAGACCAAUCGUAGCAAGUACGAUACACUUGCACGGAAAUGGACCCUGAAGUAUGCUAGGGGUUAAUGUGCUGCUACGCAUGCAAUAGGAGAGCUUCAUUCUAUCUGGCUUUUAUCUUUAAAUUAUUGUAUUAAUAAAACGAAACAAAGUUGUCAUCUGAAUGGACAAUGAAAUUAGUCUAUGUUGAAAAGAACCUAUUGUCUGCAGUCGUUCAUUCUGUCAUUUUCAAUAUGCAAAAUGAAAAUUCAGUUGCUACAAACUCUGGCUUCAAUGUGUACGCUGUGACAUGUAUCACAGCCAAAUCGCUUUGGAUUUAGGUUAAGUUUGGGUUUAUGUCAUUUGAGUUUAAAGUUUGAGUUUUUCAUGCCAA